CGCACGCCUUCGUAGAGGCCUCGUGGAGGUUACAAAGUUAUCAGAAAAUUGUAUUAAAAUUACACAGCAAUCUUUCGAGCUAAGAUUAUAGAUGAAAUUCGUUCUUGAAACAAUUUCAUGGAUAACCUAGAAAUACAAAUAAUUCCAAGAUGUUUCAUCUGUGGAAAAUCAAGCUUAUUGAUUGAUCAAACUAUUGCUGAUCUCUUUUUCGUGUUCUACUUUUAUACAUGCGAUAUUCUAUAUCCGAUAAUAAUAAAUUACGUUUAUAUAAAAAAAAACCACGUCAAACACCACGAAAGAUUACUUAUGAAACUGUCGACAUUUGGUCAGUCUCCUUUUGUUUCUUCUUUGUAAACUCUUCAAAGCUUGAAAUAGAUUAUCGAACUGAAUAUAGACUGUUUUCAAUAUAUUGUAGGUAGCUGUGUGCUACGAAAUCCAUUUGGGACCGUAGAUUCAAUACGUUCAUCGCCGAAUUUUUUUACGUGUCACUUUCUUGCAUGCUUUCAAAUGUGGCGCCGCGGUCACGUGGACCCUCACCACUGUGGCGGGUUCUCGCGAGUUAUCAACGAAAAAAGGAAUUGUCCGGCGACGGUAUUAGAAUUGCUUAAAAAAUAGUGCCAAUAAAUACGGGUAGGCGGAAAUUCAAUAAAAGUGCCUUUCGUGUGAAUGAUUAGUCAAUGUAUACGCUGUACAUCUGACGUUCAGCAAGAAGCUCGUGAUUCUCCAGUAGACGCCAUUUUCGGCCAGACCUACUGAAUGCGACGAUUAUACACAUUCUGCGCUUUUGGGGAGGACGCUCCAGGGCAAGGGUAACUGGUCCUCGCCUCUUCUUCGCUAGAGAGUGAGGGAAACGCGCGCUGCGACUGGCAGCGUUCAGUCAAGCCAUCCUCGGCGCUUCGAUUUCUCGAAACGUGCUUCGAGCGCGGCGUCCGUUUGGCGACGAAGCCUUUUGCUUUUAAGAGCGAGAGCGAGCGAGAGAGAGAGAGAGAGAGAACGAGCAAAUCUGAAUACCUCCGAGAAAGCUGAUGUGGGCGCGCCAGGUUCAACGAGUCGUAUAAGAACAGCAAGAGCUUAGCUCGACCUUUAAAAACUAACGAACUAUCACAAUUAUUUACAAAUUGACACAGCAUCACAGAUAUACUUCUCAACGGCACCGAAGCGUAUAUGAUACUUGUGAAAGUGUUUGAGUAUCUUAACGGAACUUUUUAACAGAAAACUUUAUUUAAUUUCGUGUUUUACAGUGAUUAGUGUGUGAUAUAAGUGGUAAACUACUACGGUGGCAGCAAACGAGUCGUCUACCCGGCUGACUGCAUUGCUGUCUACAACAAUAUUCAGUUCAGGACGAGAAUGAGGCUGUCGUCUUCAGGAAGAAUGUCGUCAGGUUAUCCGAGAUGGGUCAUUGUGCUUCUGGUAAUUGUCGUGGCCUGCAUGGCUCUCUCGGUUGACGCCGCUAAGGAGAAACGAGGCAGGAAGAGGAAGCAGGCGCUCGAGCCGAUGGACAACGAGACAGGAUCUAAUAACGAACUCGUGACAGGCGCCUGUCAUAAGGUAGCGCUACGUCGUUGCGGACAGAACUUCAUGAAAAUUUUCAACCUGGUUGACUACCUCGAUGGCAUGGAUCACUACAACGCACAAUGCGCCCUCCGCAAGGCGUUCUUUGCUUGUCUCGAAAAGGUUCGCCAAAAGCCUUGCAGACGCCGCCGUCAGUUGGCACCGAUCGAUGAGAAGAAAUUUACCGACAAACUUAGCGAGGCUAUAUGGGCAACCCGGGUGUGCGUUCUGGGCAUUCAGAGAGUCGAUGAGAUCCCGAGCACCCGGCAGCUCGUGUCCAGCCAUUCUCAAAAGAGACCCUCACAACGACAGUAACCCAACUGUCCUAUUAAUUGGCCACAUUAAACUGAAAUGGGCAUGGAAACUAUAAUCACUGACCGUACAGUUGAUCAGAACAGUCUACAGAUUGAAGAGAAUACAAAUCAACAAAGCAUUUGCCAUAAUCUAGAAUACGAGUAAUGACGUUUGCGCGAACAGAGAUCGUCUAACAGCUACCCACAAUAGCACAUUCUCUAUUAAAAUUUAUCACAAUCAUGUACGAACGAUCACAUGGAUCUGUUCCAUACAAGUUACAAGCAACACAUAACAGACAAGUGCUUACAUGUUUAUCUGUCUUCCUCCGGAAUAUAGUAAUAUAUAUACAUAUAUAUAUAUAUAUAAUUUUGUAUAUGACGCAUAUAUAUAUAUAUAUAUAUACAUAUACAAUCUCAUAAACUGCGCAUUCGUUUCUAGAAGAAGUUGUUGAACUUAACGUAGUUAGAACGCGGUACUAUUUGAAUUCGUACGAAACAUUGUUGCGAUUCUCUAUAAAAUAAACCAUUUUGUAAUAAACAGUGAAAAAUGAUUGAAGAGACAAAGACAUAAAUCCGAGAGUUUAAUAGUUAGCGUCAUUGGUAUAGUAAGCAAAUAUCUCAUGGGACCAGCUUUCAUCACGUAUUGCUAUUGGUUGUUAUCAUACUGACCUCUAACAGGUGCUUUUAGCAGAAGAUCAGCAAGCUGCCUUAAAGUCCUGAGUAGAUUAAAGGACUAGACGUUGUGUUAGGUCUAUUUAAAGCCGCCAUCGUUACAUUGAUCACCUUCCAGUUUAAGGCAACCCAAUAGUUCCCGUACGACAGGUCCAUCAAUCGCAACAAAAUCAGUCUCUCAUGUUUAAGGUCAUAUAAUACAGGCCAAUAGAAUUUCCAUAUGGAAGUUGACAAUAGUAUUUCGCGUAUGUUUUUAACUAGCGAUGGGGUUAAACACAGUGUUUGGAAAAACGAUAGCUGUAAAUUAGGAGUUUUCAGUUGACAUCGGUUUCAAUUUAACUUCGUCGUUUGUUUUCGUCUAGCGUCCAAAAGGAGACCGCACUCGCUUUUUUUUUUUUUAAAUAAUUUCUGAAUAAAGAACGCAAUAUUGAAGCAUAGACUUUUUGCCAUGUACGCAGGGAAAAACCAUUCAACAGUGCUGUUUGUUGGCAGUAUUUAUUGCAUUUCCUGCUUUGUGAUGCUAAAACAACUUGAAUGAAAAAUUUGAAGCACAAUGAAGAAAGUCUUGUACUAAGUUAUUCCUUUUAUUUCGGAAAUAAUACAUAUUAUGUAGUCGCUGCAAAGCCUCGUGGCAUUUACUACUAUUAUAGGUAGAAAGCCGUCGACGGUAGUAUUAUUUUUACGUAGAUAUAUUAUAGGUGGGAGUGGAAAAGUUCUUCCUGAAAGUCUAUCUCAGAUAUUGUAAGGUAGAAAUCGCAUAAUUUUCGCUACCUACUAAAAGUACUACCACUAUAACUGUACAAGAUGACUGUUGUUGCACCCAUUGAAAGAGACGGAAACAAUUAAAUAUGUUAUUACAGGUACGACACUAAAUCUAUAAUAAUGAUAAUGUUAUACAAAUGUGAUAUAUGAUGUACAUAAAUAGCUUGGUAAGUUACAACAACUUGAUACUGGGUAACUAUUAUUCGUUGAAAAGAAUACACAAAACAACAACAACAACAGAACUCCAGAACAACAGAACUCUCAAUAUAUAUAUAUAUAUAUAUAUAUAUAUAAACCCAGUUAACUUUCGUCAUAAAUGAUCGGUUGUUGUUCUUGGCUAAAAUUGAAGAACUUAACAGCUAGACCCGAAAACAAAAGGUAACUGCGAUUAUAUAAUUAGAUGUGCCCAAAUUCUCUAUCUAUCUAUCUAUAUAUAUAGAUCUGAAAGGGAAGCCACACUCAAAACAUGUACUGAUACUCUGCAUUUCAUAUGAUGUUGAACAGUCGACAAUAGAAACUAAAAAAAAGGAAUUAUAGAGGAAAAUGAGAGAGAAAUAAUGAUAAUAAUAAUAGUAACAACAGUAUGUCAUGUUAUAACAUAUGUAUUGUUAAUUUGUACUCAACAGUAGGUAAAUAAAGGAUUAAG